AUGAGCAGCAGUUGCAACUGCCCGGUGACCCAGCCGGGACCCACUUUGGCCAGCACGUGCGGUGGGUCGGCGUUCAUGUUGUUCAUGGGCCUGUUGGAGGUGUUCAUCAGGUCGCAGUGCGACAUCGAAGACCCAUGUGGACGACCAGGGAAUGUGGCGUCGCCGGACAAGGAGUACGACUUCAUCGUUGUGGGUGGUGGGUCGGCGGGCAGCGUGAUGGCCAGCAGACUCAGCGAGGUACCACAAUGGAAAGUUCUGUUAAUCGAGUCGGGUGGCGAUGAACCCACCGGCACACAAGUCCCGUCAAUGUUUCUGAAUUUCUUGGGUUCGUCGAUCGAUUGGGGUUACAAUACGGAACCUGAGGAAAUGGCGUGCUUAAGCAGCCCGGAGAGACGAUGCAACUGGCCCAGAGGAAAGGUGUUGGGUGGCACGAGUGUGAUGAACGGUAUGAUGUACAUGCGGGGCAGCCGGCACGACUUCGAUGGCUGGGCAAAGAUGGGCAAUCCGGGAUGGAGCUACCAGGACGUGUUACCGUACUUCCUCAAGUCCGAGGAUAACCACCAGGCGACCAUCAUGGACGCGGGUUACCACGGGGUCGGCGGCCCUCUGCCGGUCGGCCAGUUCCCAUACCACCCACCGCUGUCGCACGCCAUCCUGCAGGCCGGUCUGGAGCUCGGCUACCAGGUGCGUGACCUGAACGGUGCCCUGCACACGGGUUUCGCAAUCGCGCAGACCACGUCCAAGAACGGUUCACGUUACAGCAUGGCCAGGGCGUUCCUGAGGCCGGCCAAAGACAGGGCCAAUCUGCAUGUGAUGCUCAACGCCACUGUGACCCGGGUGCUCAUCGACUCUAAGAAGAAGGCGGCGUACGGAGUAGAGGUGUACACGAACGGACGGACAAUGACGAUCGGUGCACGGCAAGAAGUAAUCCUGUCAGGCGGCGCGGUCGCCUCGCCGCAGUUGCUGCUGCUGUCGGGCGUCGGACCCAAAGAUGACCUGCGUGCCGUUGGUGUACCGGUCGUGCACGAUCUGCCAGGAGUCGGCCGGAACCUCCACAAUCACGUGGCGUUCUUUGUCAACUUCCGCAUCAACGACACGUCAACGACGCCACUGAACUGGGCCACGGCCAUGGAGUACCUGCUGUUCCGGGACGGGCUCAUGUCCGGCACUGGCAUAUCCGAGGUGACCGCCGUGCUUCCGUCCAAGUACGUCAACCCCGCCGACGACAACCCCGACCUGCAGUUCUUCUUUGGUGGUUACCUGGCCGACUGCGCCAAGACCGGCCAGGUGGGCGAAAAGUCGGGAAGCGGCGUGGGCGACGGCCGGCGAACCAUCAACAUGAUACCGGCCGUGUUGCAUCCCAAGAGCCGCGGCCAGCUCAAGCUCAAGUCGUCCGACCCGCUCGCUCACCCGGCCAUCUACGCCCGGUACCUGAGCCAUCCCGACGACGUUUCCGUGCUAGUGGAAGGCAUCAAGAUCGCGAUUAGGUUGUCCGAGACACCUGCGCUCCGCAAGUAUGGCAUGGAACUGGACCGGACGCCAGCGAUGGGCUGUGAGGACCUGGAGUUUGGAUGCGACGCGUACUGGGAGUGUGCGGUGCGCCGAAACACCGGACCUGAGAACCACCAGGCCGGAAGCUGUCGGAUGGGACCACCGAGCGACCCGGGAGCCGUCGUCGACGCUGAACUCCGCGUGCACGGCGUCGACAGGCUGCGAGUGGUCGACGCAUCCGUGAUGCCGGCCGUUACUUCCGGAAAUACCAACGCUCCGGUGGUGAUGAUCGCCGAAAAGGCGUCCGACAUGAUCAAGGCCCGGUGGGUUGGCCGGAAGCCGUGGAGCAAGUGGUAA